AAAGCAAUUCUGCACUUACAACCGCCUGUUUCUGUAAAAAAAUCAUUCCAAAGUUAUCUCCCCUCCGUUCUCAUCCUCCGUUCUGUCAUUUUCAUUUUGUAUUACUACUAUAUUUCAUUUAAAAAACAAAAAGAAGCAAAAGAGGGAAACAGGUCAUUCCCAUAACACCGAAGGAUUUAUAUGCAACUGUCUGUUUCUCAGAUUUCUUUUUCUGUCGGACUCUCUCCCUCAUCCUUCCUUUAAUGCAGCAGAUCUAGUUGAAGCAGCUCCGCUCCCACAUUUGAUUCUCUACCGUUUUCAGUCGGCAAUUUUAAGUGCCAAUGAGCUAGGACGAGGAUUCAAUACAUAUAUGUGAUCGAUUAAGUAGAUCUGGAUCACAGUUGACAAACAAAAUCUGGGUCACAGUUGACAAAAAAAAUUCUAAAGGAAAAAAAAAUGAGUGACAACCACAAGUUUCAGCUGGGGACAAUAGGUGCUUUGAGUUUAUCGGUGGUCUCCUCGGUGUCCAUUGUUAUUUGCAACAAGGCUCUUAUCAGCACUCUCGGCUUCACCUUUGCCACAACUUUGACAAGCUGGCAUCUCCUAGUCACUUUUUGUUCUCUUCAUGUAGCCUUAUGGAUGAAAUUAUUUGAGCACAAGCCUUUUGAUGCCAGAGCUGUCAUGGGAUUUGGUAUAUUAAAUGGGAUAUCCAUUGGGCUUUUGAAUCUUAGUUUGGGUUUCAAUUCUGUUGGUUUCUACCAGAUGACAAAACUGGCAAUUAUCCCUUGCACUGUUCUUUUGGAGACACUUUUCUUCAGGAAGAAAUUCAGUAGGAAUAUCCAGCUUUCAUUGGCCAUUCUACUUCUGGGUGUUGGAAUUGCAACUGUAACUGAUCUUCAGCUGAAUCUCCUGGGUUCUAUCCUUUCUCUGCUGGCGGUUGUUACUACUUGCGUCGCUCAAAUUAUGACUAAUACCAUUCAGAAGAAGUUCAAAGUAUCUUCAACCCAACUUCUCUACCAGUCUUGCCCUUAUCAGGCAAUAACGUUGUUCGUCAUUGGCCCAUUCCUGGACGGGCUUUUGACUAACCACAAUGUUUUUGCUUUCAAGUAUACCCCUCAAGUGCUGUUCUUCAUUGUUCUGUCCUGCCUGAUAUCCGUCUCUGUUAACUUUAGCACAUUUCUGGUAAUUGGAAAGACAUCUCCUGUCACAUAUCAGGUCCUGGGACAUCUGAAAACAUGCCUUGUUUUGGCCUUUGGUUAUGUUUUACUUCAUGAUCCAUUUAGCUGGCGCAACAUUUUGGGAAUCUUGAUUGCAGUAGUUGGAAUGGUCCUUUAUUCAUAUUAUUGCACCGUUGAGAGCCAGCAGCAGAAGGCUAGUGAAGUAUCAGCACAGUUGCCACAGGUUAAGGAAAGUGAAUCUGACCCUCUGAUAAGUGUGGACAAUGGAAGUGGGAUGUUGAGUGAUGGUGUUGUUCCAAAAUCUCCUGUAUGGAAUUCGAACAAGGACCUGCAUGCGUAAAUUCUUCCAAAAUGUUAUAUUAAUUCGUCCUAGACGAAAAAUUAGUAAUCAGAACUGUUCCAGCGAUGAAGAUGUUGCUGGUAAGUGUGGCUCACAGCUACAGUAGGCGUUAUUUUGGAGAUCAUUUCUACAGAAUGUUAGUUUAAAGGGUGGAAGGAAAUACGCAAUGACGUAGCAGUUUUGAUUGAUAGUUGUGUAUCAGGAUUCAGGCGUGGGAAUGGAAUGCAAACCAGAAUUGGAUUUGUUAAAUGCUUAAUGUUCCCAGACACCUAACAUUUUUCCUAGCAGUUAUUUCUGUUUAGAAAUAUUCUAAUAUUUUUAAGAAAGGAAGGCGUAUUCUCAUUCUCAUUUUCAUCUAGUAUUCGAUAUUAUUUUUAAGAUUAGUAUGUUAAUGUAAUAAUCAAAGUAGUCUUAUUAUUAAGGUAUUGAAAUUACUUUAUCUAGUCAAUAAUUAUUUA